CUUCCAUCUGAUCGGGCUGUCGCAGUGGCGAAAAAGUAAGUGAUCUACCACUUUGACGUUUCGAUUAACGCCAAAUGAUUUUUCAAAGAAAAAUCGAACCAAAGUUAGCAGCGGAUUAAUUAGAUGUACCUGAAAUGGCAUCGCCAAGCCCGAAAUCGCCUGAACAAUCCGAAAGAACGAGGAAAUACGACCGUCAACUAAGGUUAUGGGGGGACCACGGGCAAGCUGCCCUUGAAGGAGCCCAUGUCUGUUUGAUAAACGCAACCGGGCUGGGUACCGAGAUCUUGAAAUCUCUCGUCUUGCCUGGUAUCGGAGCAUUCACAAUAAUCGAUAGCAAAAAGAUCACCGACGACGAUAUCGGAGCCAAUUUUUUUCUAGAUUCAGAGAGUGUUGGAAAAUCAAGGGCAGAAAUAGCUACUCAAGUGCUUCUUGAACUUAACUCUGAUGUGCGUGGCGAUUACGUCGACGAGGGCCCUGAGCAAAUCUUAUCAAACAGCCCAGACUUUUUCAAUAAUUUCACUGUCGUUAUCACUACUGCACUCCCAGAGAAGAGUCUAAUUCUCUUGUCAAAAAUAUUAUGGGAUUUGGACAUCCCGUUGAUAGUUUGCCGGAGCCUGGGCUUUAUCGCAUACAUGCGAGUUCAGACCAGAGAAUAUACUGUGAUAGAAACUCACCCGGACAACGAGACACCUGAUUUGCGACUGGACAAUCCGUUUGAAUCGUUAAAAAAUCAUUUUGAUUCAAUAAAUUUAGAUGAAAUGGAUCUGAAGGAUCACACUCACGUGCCGUAUGUUGUGAUCCUGUAUAAAUAUCUUGAGAAAUGGAUAUCUGAGAAUGGGGAUGUGCCAAAAAAUUAUAAGGAGAAAGAGCGUCUAAGAGAUAUGAUCAGGAGUGGUAUUAGAAAAGAUGAGCAUGGCAAUCCUAUUGACGAGGAAAACUUUGAGGAAGCAAUCAGAGCUGUUAAUACCAGCGUUUGUCGUUACAAGGUGCCUCCCAACGUCAUGGAGGUCCUGAAUGACGAUUGCUGUGUAAACCUUACUGCCAAGAGUAAACCAUUUUGGAUCAUCGCAAAGGCUGUAAGAGACUUCAUGGAGAAUGAGGGUUCAAAUUCAUUGCCACUCAAAGGUGCUGUACCAGACAUGACGGCAGAUACAGAAAAAUAUAUAUCCCUGCAACAAGUGUAUCACAAGCAAGCCGCAGCAGAUGCGGAAGCAGUUUGGCGAAGAACAGUCCAUUUGCUCGGACAGAUCGGCCGCCCCUCGGAUGGAAUAACUGAAAAAGAUGUCAAGUUAUUUUGUAGACAUGCUUCUGAUAUUUUCAUUCAAAGGGGAACCUGUAUAGCGGAUGAGUAUGACCCAAAAACUGUGAAUGCCAGUAAAAUUGCUCAAAGUCUAGAAAAUCCAGAAAGUAUGAUGAUGUACUACGUGGUACUUAGGGGGAUCGAAAAAUUCCAGGUGAAAUACAAUUCGUAUCCAGGCGAAUUCGACGAUCAUGUUGAACCGGAUAUUGUGAAACUUAAGGCCUGUAUUUCGAAAUUGCUGACGGAGUGGGGCUGUGGGCCAUUGGCAAAGGACGACUACGUCCAUGAAUUUUGUCGUUACGGUGGAUCCGAGCUGCAUUCAGUGUCGGCAUUCUUAGGAGGGCUAGCUGCGCAAGAGACCAUAAAAUUCAUAACGAAUCAAUGCAAGCCGAUCCACAACACUUUUAUAUAUGACGCGGUAACGUCAAAUUCGGCUAGUUUCUUUUUUUGAACUAUAAUAUAAAAUUUGCAACACUAUCGCGGAAUACCAUAAUGACGUAAUUAUGAAAUAAAAUGCACUAUUUCCACACAACUUUGCUUGAAAUUACCUAGUCUGCAAAACGCGUCAAGAGAUGAAUGAAGAUCGUUAAAUUAAAUACCAAAAUGCUUUUGUCCACAAAAAAUGUUUAAUUAUUGUUCCCGACAGAAAAAAGAAUUUCAUUUUAUUAUUAAGUUAGCGUAAGGUUACAGGCUAACUUCAUGUCUGUAAGAUAUCAACGUUUUUAUCGAACUUAAACUAGAAUGCAUUGGUAUAAGACUUGUUUAAGAAUAUAAAACGCUGGUCUGUGGUGUAAUUCACCGAGGUGCGUGGCAAGAGAAAUCGCAGAAGACAACACCUCG